AUGGAGUUACCGGAGACGGUUAGAAGAGGGCUAGAGGAUUUCUCCCGCAAUGUAUUAUUCGACCCCAGUCGGAAUGAGCCGUUCUCAAAAGACGACAACACGUUUUUGCCUCACGACAAACGAGUUCUGUCCAGCUUGCAGCUCCAGAUGUCUUUGUACUUCAACAUGUGGUUCUUCCCCUUGUGGUGGAUCAGUGAAACCGUUAUGCUUCACCUCAAGUAUCCCGCCUUACCAGACUACUACAAGUUCAUCCUUGUGACUGUUCUUCUGCUGAUGACUCUGAUUGAGGCCAUCAGACUCUACCUCGGCUACGCCGGGAACCUCCAGGAAAAGGUCCCAGAGUUGGCUGGUUUCUGGCUGCUGAGCAUCCUGCUGCAGUUUCCGCUGAUCCUCUUUCAGCUCUUUAACGAGGCCAUUCUCAUCCAGCCUUUGGAGAGGGGCGUCCACAUAGUUCUCGCCAUAUUUAUAGUCACACAGGCCCUCUCUGGCUUUGUGGCCCUGCGGGACAUGGUCAGACACACACAAAGCCAGUUUCAUCUCCGACAGUUUGACUGA